AUGCCAUCAAUCUCGGCAGCUCUGAUCGAAGCAGCUCGAACCAAGGAAUCGCUCUUCGAAUCUGAUGAGAAUGAGCAGAUCCCUAGCAGCUCAGAGUCAUGGAAGUGCUCACUAAAACGUGCAGCUCGUUUUCUUGUGGGACAGUUCUACCCUCACCAUCUAAAGAUGUUCGUUCUAUUUGUUAUUGCUGCAUUACAUCUUGCUUAUACCAGAGAGUUCCUAACAACAUUCCGGGCAUACGAGUCUCUUGCUAACGAGGUGGAAUACCGGGCAUCACCAGAAAUUGCAAAUCGAAACGACAUCAACCUUGUACGAUUCGUCAUGAUAGCAUUUGUAGAUGUGAGUUACACUCUUAGCAAAGAUUUGAAUAUAAUGGCUGACGAGAACAGAUUGAGAAGGACUCCUGAAAUGAUUUUGAAAGUCAUUCUUUCUAUUGUUAUUGUUGCGAUGACAAAGCGUGUUCAUUUAUUGCGAAAGAAGCAAAGAUACAAGAAAAAUUUAUGGAUGACAGUAGGGGCUAUGUGUGCGUCAUUAUCAACUAGUGCAAUCAUCAUAUUCUUCUACAAUACAUACUGGCAUCAAAUGAGCAAAAUCACAACAGCGGUGGUGCGCAUCGUGGACAUGGUCGCAUUUCUAUCGCUCCCAUUUCUGCUCGGCGCUCGUUUGAUGAUCGCAAUGAACAUCACUACUUAUCUAGAACCUUCACUACAAGCUGCUUCUCGUCUUAUCUCUACAAACACCUUCAUGAAUGAGCUUGUUUGCUCGAUUAUUCCAAGAGAAUCGCUUCCCCUCUGCAGUGCGGUCGUCGAACGUUCCAUCUUUCCAAUCCUCAUUCUCAAGUAUCUAAUUGUGCUGUGUGUGCUGACCGUUGUCUACAUCCUCCUUGCCUACUUGAUCGAGUACUGCAUCCGCCAUUGGUUUCCUCCAUCCGAUAGCGAUGAG